AUGGAAUUCUUGAAGAACGUCUCGUUGUCGCUGUCGGACUGGGAGUACAACUUUGCUCCAGGCUGGCAGAGCGUGGCGGCUUCGGUGCUGCUCGCGGCUGGAGGUUGGUUUGUUGUCUCCCGAGUUUGGACCUUCCUCAGGGUCCUGACCAGUCUGUUCGUUCUUCCCGGAAAGUCGCUCCGCUCAUUCGGCCCUAAGGGUAGCUGGGCGAUUGUUACAGGCGCCUCGGAUGGCCUGGGCAAGGAAUUCGCCCUCCAGAUCGCUCGCGCCGGAUACAACAUCGUCCUCGUCUCCCGAACAGCCUCCAAGCUGACCGCUCUGUCCGAUGAGAUUACAUCCAAAUACCCAUCGGUGCAGACCAAGACCCUGGCCAUGGACUUUGCUCGCAACGACGAUGAGGACUACGAGAAGCUGAAGGCUCUAGUGGGAGAUCUGGAUGUAGCUAUUUUGAUCAACAACGUCGGAAAGAGCCACAGCAUUCCUGUUCCCUUCGCUCUUACUCCUGAGGAUGAGAUGGCGGACAUCAUCACCAUCAACUGCACGGGUACUUUGCGGGUUACACAGCUGGUCGUCCCUGGCAUGACCCAGCGCAAGCGAGGAUUGAUUCUGACCAUGGGCUCUUUCGGCGGUCUCCUUCCCUCUCCUCUUCUUGCUACCUACUCCGGCAGCAAGGCGUUCCUGCAGCAGUGGUCCAGCUCUCUUGGCUCAGAACUCCAGCCAUACGGAGUCACCGUUGAGCUGGUGCAGGCAUAUCUCAUCACCUCUGCCAUGUCCAAGAUCCGCAAGACCAGUGCCUUGAUCCCCAACCCGCGCGCGUUCGUUAAGGCGACUCUGUCCAAGAUUGGCAACAACGGCGGUUCACCCGGGUAUGCGUACAGCUCUUCCCCGUACUGGAGUCACGGAUUGGUGGCAUACCUUGCGACAUGCGUAGCCAACCCCAUGAGCAUGCGAAUUGCGAACCAGAUCAAGGGCAUGCAUGAGUCGAUUCGCAAGCGGGCCCUGCGCAAGGCGGAGCGUGAGAAUGCGAAGAAGAGCUCUUGA